GAGGCCGGGACACUAGGAAAACCAACAUGGCGGACAAGGAUGAUGCAAUAGCCUUUGCCCUCAUGAAGUAUAACCAUAAUCAAGGUACAGCAAUCAAUCAACUGAGGAUUCUUCAACGUGAGGUCAUAGAGAAGGUUCUUACAAACCACACCAUUGCGAUGUUACCCACAGGAUAUGGAAAAUCACUCUGCUAUGAAAUUCACCCAGAUGUCAUUGAAUACCUGCUAGAGAAACCUGCAUUUGUCAUUGUUCCUCUGAAUGUUAUUCUGUCUCAACAAAAGGAGAAAAUGGGAAGAAGGGCAACAUGUUUAAACAAGGAGCAUGAUAGGGAACUAACUGCAAAGAGUGCAGAGCAGACACGUUGGACUGAAGGGCAAUACCAGUUUGUUGGCAGUCAGGAUUGGGUGGGACGGUCAUAUGAGCUGGCAGAGAGAAUGCUGGGAGAUAAAAUGUACAGUGGAGGAUUAGAACUGAAGCACACCAGAGUUGUUCAGUUCCAUGCCUCAAUGGAGAAAACAGGGGAUAAGGAAUCUUAUAUGCAGAUAAAGUCUAUCAUCCUGCAGAAUCUUGCAGAGGACCCAGCAAACAGUCCACUGACAAUAGUAUUUGCGACCAUCGCUCUUGGUAUGGGAGCUGACUUACGACAUGUCCGGAAGGUGAUCAACAUUGGUCCACCAAAGAAAGUAUGA